AUGUCGAUGAUCACGGCCGCACAAUGGGUCCCUCGGGGCUUUGCGGCGCCUUUCCCUCAAAAGUACACUCUAGACGAGGCUGAGUACGAAAGGAUAGCAGGGCUUGCCAAGCUCCAGCUCGACGACGCCGAGGAAGAUCUCAAGGAAGCCCAAGAGGAGGACGGCGACAAGGAGGGUAAUGGAAACCAGGAGGAUGACGAGGAAAUGAAGGAUGACACCGAGAAGCCGGCUAAAAAGGCCAAGGCUCCCGUUGACGAUGACGACCUGAAAGAGUACGACCUAGAACACUACGACGACGACGAUGAGGAUUUGCCCGGUAACGGUGAGGGAAUGGGAAUGUUUGGAAACGUCAAGUCGCUGGCCUACUACGAGUCCAACAAGGAGGACCCCUACAUUACACUCGCCGACCAAGAGGACGAGGACGAGGAUCGAGAAGAACUCCAGGUCUUGGCGACCGACAACUUGAUCCUGUCUGCCAAGGUGGAAGACGAGAUGGCGCAUCUUGAAGUCUACGUGUACGAGGAUGAGGCCGACAACCUUUACGUGCACCACGACAUCAUGCUGCCCGCGAUCCCGCUCUGCGUGGAGUGGAUCGACAUGCCCGUCAACAAGGCCGGUGUGGAGAAGGAUGCUACUGGCAACUUUGUCGCCAUCGGCACCAUGGACCCUGAUAUCGAGGUUUGGGACUUGGACACCAUCGACUGCAUGUACCCCAAUGCCAUCCUGGGUCAGGGCGGUAAUUCGGAGGCGGAGAAGCCCAAGAAGAAGAAGAAGAAGGCCAAGAAGGCCAAUGACGAAUUCCACGUCGAUGCAGUCCUCUCACUGGCCGCGAACCGAAAGCACCGCAACCUGUUGGCCUCGGCCUCGGCCGACAAGACUGUCAAGUUGUGGGAUCUGAACACUACCAAGUGCGCCAAGUCUUACACCUACCACACUGACAAGGUGUGCUCUCUAGCAUGGCAUGCGGUUGAGUCGACCGUACUGCUAAGCGGAAGCUACGACCGAACCAUUGUGGCUGCCGACAUGCGAGCACCAGACGCAAAGCCAACCCGAUGGGGAGUGGAGAGCGAUGUCGAGAAUGUGCGAUGGGAUCCCCAUGACUCCAACUACUUCUUCGUCUCGACGGAGAACGGCAUCAUCCACUACCACGACAUCCGAAAUGCGCCAUCGGACCCCACGGCGACGAAGUCAGUCUGGACACUGCAGGCCCACGACGAGUCAGUCUCGUCGUUUGACAUCAACCCCGUGGUCCCCGGUUUCAUGGUCACUGGAUCCACCGACAAGACUGUGAAGCUAUGGAACAUCCAGUCAACGGGACCAUCGGUGGUGGUCUCCCGUAACCUCGAUGUCGGCAAGGUCUUCUCGACAACCUUUGCUCCCGAUCCUGAGGUCGCAUUCCGACUGGCCGUGGCUGGUAGCAAGGGAACCAUGCACGUGUGGGAUACUAGCACCAAUGCCUCAGUCCGAAAGGCCUUUGCGCAACGAGUCCCUGAUCACAGUGGGAAGGAUGAAGACCGUCUGGUUGGUGUGGAGAACGAUGAAAGCAGUGACAGUGAGGAUGAGGGCGGCGAUGCUGUGGAGAAGGAGGACGAUGAUUCGAUGGACGAGGAUUGA